AUGAAGCAUCUCAUUACGGACAACACAGGCCCGAAGGGGAAACUAGACACUAACUCUGUGCAAAAGGCGAUACUACACGAUCACAACACGCCCGACCCUGACACAAAGAUCUGUCCUGCGAUGUGUCUUUUCGGACGGCCUAUACAGGACUUCAUCCCUAUCCCCCCUGGCAAGUACAGGCCCCAUGCGACAUGGCGUGAGACUCUGACGGCGAGAGAGGAGGCCCUCCGCAAACGCCACAUCCGCACGGCUGAAAAUUGGGCCGAGCACACCAAACGCCUUCCACCCUUGAAAGUGGGGGACUUCGUCCGUAUGCAGAACCAGACGGGUCUUCACCCCAACAAGUGGGACAGAACGGGCCGCGUUGUUGAGGUGCGCCAACACGAUCAGUACGUUGUCAAGACUGAUGGGUCGGGCAGAGUCUCUCUUCGUAACCGGAGAUUCCUGCGGCGGUUCCUCCCCGUCCGCAAUGACCAGAUCCUCCCCCGGUCUAUCCAUGACGACCUGGCACCCCGUGUUGCCACUCCAACUCCCGUCGCCGUGCCGUUGCUGCCCGCCCCCCUGGGUAGCCCUGCGACGACGCCUGGUCCCUCCUUGCCAUCGGGGGUCGCCUUGUCUCCUCCACCGCCUGCUGGGAACUCUUCCUGGCAGGGUGGACUGCCUUCACCCCAUGCGCCUGCGCCUUCCGCCUGUGAUGGCCCCUGUGCGUCGCCACUGACCCCAGCGACCCCUGCGGUCCCUCGGCCCCCGCAGUCGCAGCCCAGCGCGUCGCCGGCAUCGGGCUUACGCCGGUCUGCCAGGACGCCUGGCGUACCUGCCUGGCACAAGGACUUCAUUAUGGACUGACAUUUUAAUGUGUUAAUCUAAUGUAUUGCUGUUCUCAUACCUCGUUUUUAUGUUUCCCUUGAUGUUUGCUGCCGUUAUUGCACUUUUAUUUAAUUCUUGUUACUAAGCCUUUUUAUAGGUGCCAAAGGCUCGGGGGGAGAUAGAGAAUAUUGCACUACUACGACCCUAAAUAAUGUGACACGCAAACAGGAAGUUAUGGUCAACUCACUCACAAUGACUGAUGCGUCCAGGAAUGUUCAUGACUUGUUUCAUUAUUGUCAUUUCACUGCUGCUCGACAUUAAAGCAAGUGAACAAAUGGAAUGUUGUUC